CAUCAUAGAGGGAGUGAAGUAGUUCCCAGUCAUCUUUAUCCCUUUAAGCAUGGUUUAUUUUCUGAGCAAGGAGUCAUCAUGGGAGACCUUUUUUCCUUAUUUUGGGAGGUAGAUCCUCCCCCCAUACCUUUAAAUUGUGCCAUUCCAAAUCAGGAUUAUGAAUGCUGGAAGGAUGACUCUUGUGGGACCAUAGGGAGCUUCCUGCUUUGGUAUUUUGUUAUCGUAUUUGUCCUGAUGUUCUUCUCUAGGGCUUCUGUCUGGAUCUCUGAGGAUAAAAAGGAUGAAGGCAGUGGGACAAGUACUUCAGUAAGGAAAGCAAGCAAAGAGACUUCCUGUAAGCGGCAAAGCAAAGACAGUGCCUGGGAUCCCUCACAAACAAUGAAGAAACCAAAGCAGAACCAACUUACCCCUGUAACCAACUCAGAAGUGGCUUUGGUCAAUGCCUAUCUUGAACAAAGACGAGCCAGGUGCCAGUCUCAGUUCAAUGAGGUGAACCAGAACCAACAUGACAGUGAUACUACAGAGUGUGGCAGUGAAGAGUCUAACUCAGAAGCCUCCUCGUGGAAGGAGAGUGAAAGUGAACACCCAUCACCAGACAGUAUUAAGAGGAGAAAAACGGCUCAGAGGCAAAGGAAUCUGGGAAGUUACCAAAUGAACGAAAGGCACUGCCUGCACUGCAAAGCAUUGAGAACCAAUGAAUGGUUGGUGCACCAUUCCCGACAGAAGCCUUCAGUAACACCGCCAAUGAAAGGAGACAGUCAAGAGGAAAGUUCCAUAUCUGACAUUAACACGAAAUUUAGUAAAUUUUGAAUUUUAUCACUUUCUUUCCUCACUUGAAGCCAAAUGAAAGAGAUGAAUAAAACAUGAAAAAUCACCAGAGCUCUAGGUGAGGAGACUUUUACAACAAAGUCUCUCUAUCAACAAACAAAAACAUACUUGGAACCCAAGAGGUAAAAUCUCACACAAUUCUUUGUUCAGAAAAAAGGCCAUCAAAUGUGUUUUUGGCACCAUUGGAACACCGAAGAUCUGUAUCCACUAUGAUUUUUUUAUUUGAAAUAGCACAAGACAGAUAUUUUAUGCCUUGAGUGUAUGUAUUUUGUUUAUAUCUGUAAUAUGAAUAAGAAAGCUCUUUGAAAAUAUAUUAUUUAUGUUGAGAAACCA